UGCAUUUAUAAUAUUAUAAAAUAUUUGUCCAAAUAAAAUAUACUAUACUAUCACUACAACUUUGCCUAUAUAAAUAUGUCAAAGUAGCUCUCUUUUAUUUCAUUGUCAAGUAGAAUUUGCAACUCUUAGCUCUUCUUUGUGGGUGAGCUAAAGAUUUGGAAUUUCUUACUAUAGAAACAUAAAAUAGAAAUGUCUGGCAUUUCUGGUCAUUGGGCUUUUGCUUUUGGUGUCCUUGGUAACAUAGUCUCGUUCAUUGUAUUUCUUUCUCCACUACCUACAUUUUAUAAAAUUUACAAGAAGAAAUCAACAGAUGGGUACCAAUCAAUUCCAUAUGUGGUUGCUCUUUUUAGUUCCAUGCUUUGGAUAUACUAUGCAUUUUUGAAGACGAACACAACACUUCUUAUCACUAUUAACUCAUUUGGUGUCUUCAUUGAAACUAUCUACGUUGGUUUCUACCUUUUCUACGCACCAAAAAAAUCCAGGGUUCAAACUAUAAAGAUGCUCCUAUUAUUUGUUGUCUGUGGAUUUGGUGCAAUAAUCGUUGCUACUGAAUUUCUAUUCAAAGGAGCCGUUCGUGGGCAAGUUGUUGGAUGGAUUUGCCUUAUUUUCUCCUUAUGUGUAUUUGUUGCUCCCUUAGGCAUUGUGAGACAAGUUAUUAAAACAAAGAGCGUCGAAUAUAUGCCAUUACUUCUAUCGAUUUUUCUCACAUUAAGUGCUGUUGUGUGGUUCUUCUAUGGUCUUCUACUAAAAGACAUUAACAUUGCCAUUCCAAAUGUAUUGGGAUUCAUCCUAGGAAUACUUCAAAUGGUGCUCUAUGUUAUAUACAACAAAAAAGAGAAGGCUAUCCUAAAGGAGCAAAAACUUCCAGAAAAGCUACAAAACCACAUGAUAAUUUCCAUUGAUGAGAAAAAUAAGAAUUUUCCAGAACUCACAGAGGAACAAAUUAUUGACAUAGUGAAGCUUGGUUCUCUAAUUUCCUCUGGAAAAAUUCACAUUGCGUCGUGCCUGCACGACGCAGCGUGUGCAUCAGCUAAAAUAGAGAAUACGCCCAAUGAUCUGCAAACUGUGGAAGCCAAAAAUUAAUUCCUUUUGAUUUUCUUUGUUAACUCCUAAUUAAUAGUAGCUAAUUAUGUAUGUGUUUGUACACAAGUUUAUUCUUAGCUCAUAGUUUCGUGUUAUGUAGAAGUAAUGACUUAGCUUUCUUGGUCAUGUACUCAAAAAGGAAAAAUUGUUGUCUUCAUGCAUAAAACGGCUUUUC